GCGGUGUUCCCAAGGGCCCCCACAGCGACAAUGGCGCCCCCACCACUAGCCCCGAGCGUGUGUCGUCGUAACACGAAUGACUAGCAACGACAUUCGAGAUGAGCGAAGAGGGACGUCUGCUUGCACCGCACCGUAGGAACUCUUCGCUGGCCGUUGCACGUUGGCAACUCGUAGGAACUUUUUGGCGCGAAGCUUGUAGGGUUUUCUGGUGCUGUACAGAGCUAACUUCCUCCCGCGAAGCCGAUAGCUUGGCGAAUAGUGGUUACGAACAGACGCGACGGCCUCGUUCUACCCAGCUUCCGACAUAGUACGUCAUUUGACAGAACGUUAAUUGCUGCGCAACCUUCAGGCUGUGGGUCUGUUGUCUUAUAACGGACGUAGUAUCCGUCUGCCAUCCAGCCACACAUUACUAACGGCGCGAUAGAACAGCGACACCGGCGUACAUAUUCUAAAGCGUCUAGGUUUUGGAACUAAGAGUCUCGAGCAGGCAGUUGUCUAUUCUAGAGAGUGCAUAGCACGUGCCUGUAGAGAGCCAAUGCGUCAAGCACGCGUCAGCCACGCUGCUGACACGCGCCAAAGCAGGACAAGACAUUUCGUCGAGUUAGCGCCUCAGCAGCUGGAAUCGUGACGCCGCGGCUUCGGCGCCGCAUGCCACGGGAAUGGCGGACGAGCCUGCAGAGGACGAGGAGAACGACGGGGAUGGUAGAAACAUAGAAUACGACCGAAUACGUUAAUCAUUUGUUAAGGUCGCCGUUUGAAAUAUUUUCCACAAGCGCUUCUAACUCCAAUAACGGGAUACUUGCGAUCGGGUUUAGUCCUUAUAACGAGACUGCGAGGCUGGUAGCUGCGUGUCCGAGGGCGAUAGAAGGCACCCACCCGACGUUUCAGCUUUCGGCUUCCCGCGGGCGUUUUCACCCGCAAGGCGCCAGAGCAAACGCACGUUUCUCUGGCAGAAGAAGCAGAGAAGGCCAGCGGGUUGGCCACGGUGGUGAAUCCUGGCAGGCUAGGCCGCUGGGCUGGCCAAGGGACCAGGCGCAAGACGAGACUUCCUGAGAGAGAGAACGAGCGGACUUUGGGUGAGAGGAGAACUGAAUCGUCCACCUCGCGCGGUCAAGGGCGGCCGGGAUAAGGGCGGCCGGGAUAAGGGCGGCCGGGAUAAGGGCGGCCGGGAUCAGGGCGGCCGGGAUCAGGGCGGCCGGGAUAAGGGCGGCCGGGAUCAGGGCUUGUCGGUGGAAUAAGGGCCAGCAGCGGUGAAGGGGGCCCGCACGAGUAGGGGACACGCAGAGUGAGAGCAAGGGCAAAAGAGCAGUGCAGCAGAUACAGCAGCGGUGGGGGUGGUUCCGACCCAUCCGCAGCAGCAGCGACAGCAGAAGAGCGACAGUGCAAUUGACUGUGCAGCUGCAGGAACAGCGGCAGCAGCAGGAACAGCAGCAUCAGCAGCAGCAGCAGCAGCAGUAGCAGCAGCAGCGUCAGGAGCAGGAGAAAAUAGAGCAGCGGCGACAGCAGCAGCAGCAUGAGUUGCUGGGCGCCGCUGGCCCGCCUGGGAGCGUGCGCGCCAGCGAACGGCAUAGUGACGUGUCUGAACGAGUGUGUGGGCCCCACCAUCGACUGCUACGACCAGUGCUACAGGAACUCCGGCUGGCUGCCGCCCCUCACUACAGCCGAACUCAUCGCCUUCCCCCUCUCGGCCUGCUGCCUGCUGGGCAUGUCCCUCGUCAUAUCGUGCAUGAUGUCGUCUACUCUCGGACUGGACAUGGCCACUCUGCAGGCCGCCAUGGACGGCGUGGACGAGCGGCUGAGGUGGCAGGCUGCCAGGGUGGCGUCGCUGCGGACACGUGGCAGUCUGCUGCUCACCACGCUGCUGGUCGCCAGCACCAGCGUCAACGUCAGCUUCACGCUCUUCGUCUCAGACAUUCUGGGCAUGGUGAUGGGCUUCGUGCUCUGCGUGCUCCUCAUCCUGCUCUUUGUAGAGAUCGCCCCGCCAGCCAUCUGCGCGCGCCACUCGCUGCGCAUCGCCUCGGGCACGGCGUGGGUGGCGCGGGUGCUGCUAGUGGUGCUGUCGCCCGUGGCGUAUCCGGUCAGCCUGCUGCUGGACCGAUACUUGAACAACCAGGAGGACGAGGAGGAGAGCAGCCUGAGGCGCGGACUGCUGUGCGGGGGGUCGAGCUGCACCUACCCCUACUGCAUGAAGCACGGGGGUUCAGCGGGGUCGUCCCCGCGCAUCUACAUCACCAACCCCCUCGCCAACCCGCCCUCCCUCGAGUUUCCUGACACCACUGCCUCCGCCCUCGAUGCCGCUGCUGACACCGACACCACUGGGGGUGCUGCUGGUGCUGGUGCGGCAGCCAUAGCACUGGGUACAGCAGCAGCAGCAGCGGCGGCGGCAGGUGGUGCUGCUGCUGGUGCGGCGGCUGCUGGCACCCAGCCGGGGUCCGUCUCAUUCUCUUCCAGGGAAGCAGGGGGGACAGGGGAGGAGGGGGAGACAGGGGAGGAGGGGGGUGCGGAUAGGGACGAGGGCGAGGGCGAGGAGAGUGCGGCGCUGUUUUCAGAGGACAUGGACUCAAACACGCGGAUGAACAUGGCUGGAUUCGGAGCCAUGCCCCCCAGGUCCAGCCCCUAUGACUCGGGCCGCUCUAAGCCUGUCAGCGGCGGCAGCGACUCGCCCCUGCGGCGGCGGAUCGAGCAAGCAGCCGACCGGGCUGCUGCUGCUGCUGGCGUCGGCCCCUCCACCCCUGCUGGCGCAACCAGCGCUGGGGGCUCCACCCCUGCAGGGAAGAGGGGGGAUGCUGAUGAGGAGGAGGGGGAGGGCUCAUCUGAUGUGGGGUAUACUGGGACGGGUGUUUUCACAGCAGAAGUGACCGGGUCGGGGGAGGACGGGGGGGGAGGAGGGAGGAGAGGAGGGAAGGAGAGGGGAGAGGGAGAAGAGGUGGUUAUGGCGCUGCCUGUGGGGGACAGUCAAGGGGAGAGUCCGGAGUAUACGAGUGUGGAGGUGGGGGAGGAGGGGGAGGGGUACAGCACGGGGGAGGUGAGUAGUGAGAAGGUGGGGAGGAGAGUGAGGGGAGGAGGGGGAGGAGGAGGAGGGGAGACGACAGAGGAGUCGGACGAGGUGCCUCUGGCGCACCCCACGUCUGAUGAUGUGGAGUUGGAUGACCAGCGACGGCCGCUCGGACGGGCUCCGCCCCAGCCCCCCCCUCCCCCACCCACUCCCGCCACUCCUGCUUCCGAUGCCGCCCCCUCCGGUCCUGCUGUUGCUGCUGCUGGUGCGGUAGCAGGAGCAGCAGUAGGGGCAGCAGCGGCUGGAGCAGCGGGUUUGAGGAACCGACCAAUGAUUCACGAGACGAUAGUGGAAAUAGACUCAGAGGGGGAGGGCGGGGAGGAGAGCGAGGAGGAGGAGGAGGAGGAUGUGCUUGAGCUGGAGCUUUAUGAUGGUGAUAGUGGCGCUGUGGGAAGCGGGGCAGCAGCAGCAACAGGAGCAGCAGGAGCAGCGGCAGGGGCAGCGGCAGGGGUAGCGGCAGGGGGAGCAGCAGGGGGAGCAGCGGCAGGAGGAGCAGCAGCAGGAGGAGCAGCAGCAGGAGGAGCAGCAGCAGGUGCUUCUACCAGCGGUGGCGCUGCUGCUUCCACUGCGGGUGCUGCGUUGACCCCACCACCAGUAGCAGCAACAGGAGGAGCAGCAGGAGCAGGAGCAGCAGGAGGAGCAGGAGGAGCAGGGGGGGCUGGAGGAGCAGAAGCAGCAGGAGCGGGUGGGAUGAGUGUGGCAUCGGGAUUCGCAGCGGCAGCCGCUGCUGUGGGCGCAUUCGCGCUCAUGCCCUUCAGAUGGGGCCAAAAGCCGCCGCAGGAGGAGCAGCAGCAGGGAGGGGAGAAGGAGCCGUCGUCGCCGUCAGCAUCAGCGCGUGUAGAGGUGGUGGUAGAUGGGACGGGAGGCAGUAGUAGUAGGAGAGAUGAUAGUAAAGGGGAUGCCUCACAACCAGGAUUCAUGGGUCCUUCCCCCCUCCCUCCCCCACCCUCCGACCCCCGCCUCUCCUCCCUCCCCCCCACCGCCCCUUCCCCUCCCCCUGCUUCUACCCCCUCGCCUGCCUUCCCCCUACGACCCACCCCGGCUUCUCCCCCUCCCGCUGCCUUCCCUGGUUCCUCCCAAGCGCCCUCAUUCCCCCUCCGCCCCACCCCGGCUGCUGCUGCUGCUGCUGGUGUGGGUUUUGAGAGGGACGAGUCGUGGGCGACGGCGGAAGAAGGUGGGAGGAGCGUGAGAUUCGCGAGAGACGAGUCGUGGGCCACUGCCCCUGAUGAUGGGGGUGCUGCUGGUGGGGGCGGGGUUGGGAGGAGCGGAAGGAGUGGGACGAGUGCGAGGUUUGGUAGGGACGAGUCAUGGGCGACGGCAUAUGAGAGUGAAGAGGGGGGUGGUGAUGGUGGUGGUGGUGCGGGUGAUGGCACUGGUGCCUCUGCAAGUGCUGCUACAGCAGGAGCUGUAGCAGGGGCAGCAGGGGCGGCAGCAGCAGCAGGAGGGGCUGGUUCGGCAAGUGGUUGGGGAUCGCGCCGGCCCCCGUUAGGUCCGGGAGGCGCAGGUUCGGCGGGCACGCCUUUGUCUUCGGCUCGGGCCCGGCCUACCAGUGCCAGCACUGCGUCCCGAAGCUCUGCUGAUUGGUCGAGCCCGGAUGAGGCUGAGUCUGAAAAUACCGACACUUUGCUAAGUGCUGAGAGGAGCAUGACGCCCAGUGGGGAUAGGAUGAUUGGGGGUGGUGAGAGAGGGGAGAGAGGGGAGAGGGGCAUGGGGACUAGUGAUGCUUUGACUAGUGCGAUUAUGGAGUCGUCUAUUUCUGCUGCGACUGCCGUGCAAAUGGCCAGGCAACGGCAGCAGCAGCAACGGCAGGAGGAGGAGGAGAGGCGGCAGCAGGAGCAGCAGCAGCAGCAGGGGGGAGGAGGCAGAGGAGGAGAGGGAGAGGGGAUCGAGAGAGAGUGGUCGUUUGCAUCGAGUGAGGAGGAAGGGGUGCCAGUAGGGGAGGUGUUGACGUCAGGGGAACAGAUGAGUGGGGGGCUGGUCCCUGUCCCAGGGCAAACGCAGCAGCAGUGGCACCAGCAGCAGCAGCAGCAGCGGCAGCAGUAUGGUAUUGGUGCAGCAGGUGGGGCUAGGAGGACGAAGGAAGUGAGCUUUGAUGAUGGCUUGUCGUCUGGGUCCGCUGUUUCGGCUGCAGUGGUUUCGUCGUCCGCCUCGGGUGCUUAUGGUGGGGGGGGAUGGGGGGAUGGCGAGGUGACGAGCGGUGUUGUUACUGCUGAAAUGAUAGAGGAAGAGGAGGAGGAAGAGGAAGAGGAGGAGGAAGAAGAGGAAGAGGAGGAGGAAGAGGAGGAGGAGGAGGAAGAAGAAGAAGAGGAGGAAGAGGAAGAGGAGGAGGAGGAUGAGGAGGAGGAGGAGGAGUAUACUGAAGAGGGGGAGGGUACAGAGGAAACUACGGAGGAGGUAACAGGGACGGAAGAGGUUACAGGGACGGAAGAGGUUACAGGGACAGAGGAGGUCACAGGGACAGAAGAAGUGACUGAAGAAACCACAGGCGACUAUGAGGAGGAAGAGGAGGAGGAAGAGGAGGAGGAGGAAGAAGAAGAGGAAGAGGAGGAAGAGGAGGAUGAGGAGGAAGAGGGGACAGAAGCCACCGAAUUGACUGAGGAUUAUGAGGAGGAAGAAGAGGAAGAGGAAGAGGAGGAAGAGGAGGGGACUGAAGCAACAGAAAUGACGGAGGAAUAUGAGGAGGAAGAGGAGGAAGACGAAGAAGAGGAGGAGGAAGAAGAGGAGGAAGACGAAGAAGAGGAGGAGGAAGAAGAAGGGACUGAGGCAACGGAAAUGACUGAGGAAGAGGAGGAAGAGGAAGAGGAAGAGGAAGAGGAGGAAGAGGAGGAGGAAGAGGAAGAGGAAGAGGAAGAGGAGGAAGAGGAGGAGGAAGAGGAAGAGGAUGAUGAGGAGGGGACAGAAGCAACGGAAAUGACUGAGGAAUAUGAGGAGGAAGGAGUGGAGGAAGAGGAAGAAGAAGAGGAGGGGACUGAAGAAACAGAAGCAACAGAGGAGUACGAGCAGGAGGGGGAGGAGGAGGAAGAGACUGAGGAAGGAACAGAGGAAGAAGUGACCGAAGAGACAGAGGGGGGGGAGGAGGAGGAUGAGGAAGAAGAAGAAGAUGCGGAAGAAGAAGAGGAAGAGGAAGAGGAAGAGGAAGAGGAAGAGGAGGGGACUGAAGAAGUGACAGAGGAAGGAACGGAGGUAACAGAGGAGGACGUAACAGGAGAGGAGGUAACAGAAGAAACUGAAGAGACAGGGGAGGGGGGGGAGGAGGAGGAAGAAGAGGAGGAAGAAGAGGAGGAAGAAGAGGAGGAGGAAGAGGAGGAGGAAGAGGAGGAGGAAGAGGAGGAGGAAGAGGAGGAGGAAGAGGAGGAGGAGGAGGAGGAGGAGGAAACAACUGGAGAUGAAGAGGAAGAAGAAGAAGAAUCGACUGAGGAGGAUCAGGGGGGGUCAUAUUAUGAGGAGGAGGAUGAGGAGCACGAGGGGGAGACGACGGUUCACACCAUAGGCGAGGAGCAAACUAUCGAUGAUGAUGUGACUUCGAUGACUGAGUCGCAGCUGGCCUUGUACGAUGAAGUGGGUCAGAUGGUUACGGAGACAGAAGGGGAGACGGAGGAGAGUGAGGCGAGCUAUGCUGGCGUGCCUGCUGGAGAGACAGAGGGAGAGACGGAGGGUGAGACAGAGGGAGAGACGGAGGGUGAGACAGAGGGAGAGACGGAGGGAGAGACAGAGGGUGAGACCGAGGGGGAGACAGAGGGAGAGACAGAGGAGGAGGAGGAAGAGGAAGAGGAAGAGGAGGAGACUGAGGAGGUAGAGGAAGAGGAAGAAGAAGAGGAGGAGGAGGAAGAAGAAACCGAGGAGGAAACGGAGGAGGAAGAGGAAGAGGAGGUGGAGGAGGAGGAGGAAGAUGAGGAAACAGAGGAAGAGGAGGAAGAAGAAGAGGAAGAGGAGGAAGAAGAGGAGGAGGAGGAAGAAGAGGAAGAGGAGGAAGAGGAGGAAGAAGAGGAGGAAGAAGAGGAAGAGGAGGAAGAAGAGGAGGAAGAAGAGGAGGAAGAAGAGGAGGACGAGGAGGAGGAGGAGGACGGAUCGAUAAGCGUGGUACCUCUAAAAGAGGAGAGCAGCAGAGAACAGGACACGGGGGAGGGAACAGGGCACGACUUGUCUCAAGAGGAGACAGAGACAGAGGCAGAGACAGAGGAAGAGACAGAGGCGGAAGGCAGCAGCACGGAAGGGGAAGAGGAGGCCGGGGGGAGGCAGGCAGGGUAUGCUGCGAUCGCAGCGGCAGCAGCUGUAGUGGCGGCUGCAGGGGGUGGUCCCUCCGCUGCUGCCAUUCGCAUGCAGCAAGCGGGGAGCUUCAACCGAGAGAUGGGGGCCACUGGUGCGGUGGGUAGCAGCAGGCAGGGCAGCAGGCAGAACACGCAGGAGUGGCCCACGCCUGUGUCAGCCCAGCAGCAGGGCAACAGACCUAGGAGCAGACAAGGCAGCCGGCAGAACACGCAAGAAUGGCCCACACCCGCAUCGAUCCAACAGCAGCAGUUGCAGCAGUUGUUGCAGCAGCAGCAGCAGCAGCAGGGAGGGAGCAGACCAACCAGCAGGCAGGGCAGCCGGCAGAACACUCAAGAGUGGCCUACGCCAGCGGUGAUUCAGCAGCAGCAGCAACAAGCGGGUAGCAGACCGAGCAGUAGGCAGGGCAGCAGGCAAAACACUCAAGAAUGGCCCACACCGACUUCCCUUCAGCAGCAGCUAGGGGGCAGCAGGCCGAGCAGCAGACAGGGCAGCAGGCAAAACACAAAGGAAUGGCCAGCAGGAGCAGCAGGAGCAGCAGCAGUAAUGAUGGCAGUCGAAUCCCCCUCUCUCCCUCUAAGACACGUGGAUUCCUCGGCCCGUCUAGCUGGUGGCAGCACAGCCGGUGACAACAACGAUCCCGACUGGCGCUCGCACCUGCGGCCGGCGGGCCCGCCGGCUAGCAGUCAGGCGGACGGCAGCAGCCGGCAGAACACGGUUGACUGGAAGGCGGGGCUGAGACCCGUGGGAGACAGACCUGGGGUGAGCCCAAGCCCACGAGCCAGCCCCCAUGCUAGUCGCCAUGCCAGCCCGCAUGUUAGCCCCCACCCUAGUAGGCAUGUCAGUCCGCAUGCUAGCAGGGUCAACACCAAGGAAUGGCCGCCAGGAGCGGGCGGGAUAGGAGGUCCUACCGGCAGCAGCAGCACUGGCCCUACUGCCUCUGCUGCUGCUGCUGCUGGUGAUGGGGGUGAUGGGGGGGGGCUGAACGCCAUUCAGCAGCGAAUAUUGGAGUGGCAAGCAGCUGCAGGCCACUCCACUUCCACUCCCCACACUCCCCGCAGUUCAGCCGGCUCCCGAAGCAACUCCCAAGGCAACUCCCGAGGCAACUCGCCAGGUUUGGAUCACACGAGCCCAGGUCAUUCCAUGAGAGGCUCGGCCGAAGCUGCUGCUGCGGCUGCUGCUUUGGAAGGGCUUGACCGCCCCACUGGUAGCAGCGGGAGGUUGACCAGGAGUGGCAGCAGCGGAAGUGGGUACACUGAAGGGGAUAACGAGGAGGAUAAUGAGGGGGAUGGGGCGGGCGGGGAGGGAGAUGGGGCCAGUGUUGCGAGCGGUGCGAGUAUCAGCAGCAGCACUCGCAGCAGCGGCAGGAGCAGCAGGAAGAGCGGGUUCAGCGGGAGGUUUGAGGGAAGCUAUCUGGAGCUAAGUGACCAUAGCUCCGGAUACUUGCCGUACCGAAACUCGGCCUUGCCUCGGUCCAAAGCCGAGCCUCACCUGCUGGCUCCAGGUCCGGCGCUGUACGGUGGGUUUUCUUGGCUCGACGCAGGUGCGGGGUCGAGGAGUGGAAGAAGUGCGACAGGCUCGGUAAACGGCGCAGGUCCGGGUGUGGCUGCGGGUGCAGGUGCAGCAGGCUCGGCAGGUGCAGGUUUGGCAGGUGCAGGGGAGGGAGAGGGGCGAGGAGGGGGAGAGGGAUUGAGGGCCGGACAAGGGGAGGCAGAAGGGGGAGGAGGGGAUGGAGUGAGAGGGGGAGAGAAACGCAGGCAGGGACGUGAAGACCUGAUACCGGAGCUCAGCCUCGGGCCGGGGCUGGAGGUUCGGGAGGAGCGGGAAGGGGGUAGAGCGAUUGGGGUGGGAGGGGUACAGGGAGAGAGUGGGAGGAGCUAUGGGUCGGAAUUGACUGGGGUGACUGGUGAGACUGGUGGGGAGGGAGGGGAGGAGAGUGAGGAGGAGACAGAGGAGGAGACGGAGGAGGGAACACAGGAAGGGACAGAAGAAGGGUCAGAAGAGGUAACAGGGGAGACGGAAGAGACAGAGGGAGAGACGGAGGGUGAAACGGAGGGAGAGACAGAAGAGGAGGAAACGGAAGGAGAGACGGAGGGAGAAACAGAAGGAGAGACCGAAGCGGAGACAGAAGGGGAGACAGAAGGGGAGACAGAAGGGGAGACAGAAGGGGAGACAGAAGGGGAGACAGAAGGGGAGACAGAAGGGGAGACAGAAGGGGAGACAGAAGGGGAGACAGAAGGGGAGACAGAAGGGGAGACAGAAGGAGAGACAGAAGGGGAGACGGAGGAGACUGAGGAAGAGGAGGAAGAGGAGGAGGAAGAAGAGGAAGAGGAGGAAGAGGAGGAAGAGGAGGAAGAGGAGGAAGAGGAGGAAGACGAAGAAGACGAAGAAGAGGAGGAAGAAGAGGAAGAGGAGGAGGAAGAAGAGGAAGAGGAGGAAGAAGAAGAGGAAGAGGAGGAAGAGAAUGAUCAGUUUAACACUUAUGACACACGCCCCCCCUUAUACAGACACCAACAGCCACAGCAGCAGCAGCCACAUCCGCAGCUUCACCCGAGCCUCAAGACCCACACCAGCAGCAGCAACACCGGACCCUCCUCCUUCCCUCCCCGCACCUCUGGCCGCAGCAGCCGGCAGGUUUCCUUCCAGGAGGACGUCCAGCCGGCAUCUAGCCGGCUAGCCGGCAGUUCUGGCGCCACUGGCAGCGGUGUCUAUGGGAGCGGGAACUUUGGAGGGAGGCUAGGGAGUGGGCAAUAUGGUGGUGGUGGGGGGGGGGAGAUUAUGGGAGCAGAUUGGGGAGGGGUAAUUUUGGAGGGGAGCAAGGGAGCGGGAACUAUGAGGGGAGUGGGAACUAUGGGAGUGAGGCGUAUGGGAGUGGGAAUUACGCAAAGGGGCACGCUUUGGGAAGUGGGACCUAUGGGAGUGAGGGGUAUGGCAGCAGUGGGUACGAUGGGAAUGGUAACCAUGGUGGGAUGUUACACGGCGCCGGUGGGAGUGGGCUGGGCGGCAGACUGGGAAGUGGGGGCGGUUUGGGUAGUAGGCUAGGCAGUGGGGGAUUGAGUGGAGGUCUAGGGAGUGGGAACAUGGGGAGUGGGAACAUGGGGAGUCAGGUCAGUGGAAGUGGGAAUUGGGGAGGGAAAUUAGCCCCUGUAAGGUCACCGAGUGACAGUGGGCAUAGUGAGAGUGAGGGACAAAGGGAAGGGGGAGAGGGAGGAGAGGGAGGGGAGGGAGGAGGAGGAGAAAUGGGAGGGAAGGGAGGGGGAGGGGGGCCAGUGUGGGAGACAGAUGAGGAGCAGAGCCAGGGGAUGUUGAGCUUGGAGAGACGAGAGGAUGAAGGGACAAUGGGAACAGAAGUAACAGAAGCACAACCAGCACCUGCAGCCACACCUGCAGCCACACCUGCAGCAACAGCAGCAGCAGCAGCAAGCACAGCCGACACAUCAACGUCACCUCCCAAGUCGGCGAAAAAGGGCGGCUGGUUUGACAUCUGGGGCAAGGGGUAGCGCUGGGCUUUGAGGGGAAUAAAGGGCAGCAGCAAGGGGUGGAGUGGAGGGCCGGUGGGGUCCAGUCCAAACUCUUUUUGUCAUUUAAUGGCAUUCCAGGCAUGGGUUGAAGCAGCAGCAAGGGGUGGCAGCGGUUCACGCAAGCCUUCUCAGCACCCUUGCUGCGUCACAUAGUUCUCGGCACGGGCUGAGGAGAGGAGGCAGCAGCAAGGGGUGGUGGGGAGGAGGGUUUUGCAAGCCUUGCCUUCUCCCUUGCUGCUCCAGAUCAUUCUAGGCACAGGCUGAAGCAGCAGCAAGGGGAGGUGGAGGGUCACACAAGCCUUCACCCUUGCUGCUGCACAUUAUUCUAGGCACGGGCUGAAGCAGCAGCAAGGGGAGGCGGAGGGUCACACGACAUGAGCCUUCACCCUCGCUGCCGCACAUUAUUCUAGGCACGGGCUAACCAACCAAAUCGGGAUAGGAGACAGCUAAGCUAACGCUACUAACUCUAGGUCCAACUCAAACCUUACAUAUUUAUUGUCACAUGCUUCUAAUGGGGGCAAAUAUUGCUCACUUCUGUCUAAGAUGUGGCAAGGGUUAACCAUGCCAAAUUGUUACUACUGCGUAACAGUUCCCAUUUGUUUUGAGAUGGACGUGACAAUUCAUUAGGGUGCUUGUUAUUGUUAUUAUAGA